CGUCGCUCGACUGCUGUUCAUCUUCCCCAGCAGAUGUUUGCCGCUCAAUACUAACUUCGCUUUCACUAAUCCAAAACUCAGUGUUAGGGAUUCUGCCAGAAUUUUGGCCGUACUCAGCUGACACCAUGGUUCCAGACUCACAUCGCUCAUCGAUAAAUUCUGCUUUUGGCGAAUUGCUAUGGUCGCAGUUCACUCAGCAAAAGGUUCCUGAUAAUCAGAAGUUGGCCUUUCAAAAACUUAUACAGGAGCUGGUCGAGCAACGAAAAGCUGCGCAAAAGCUCUGGAAAUACGUGUGCCUAUUCAUUGUGAUUGGUCUUAUAGCAACGAUUUUCUUCUGUUUUCUUACCUGCUGGUCGAAUUACUUGGGUUUGAUAGAAACCAAGUACAUCAUACGUGCCGAAAUAUAUGGAUCAGUGCUGCACCACUCUCUGAUUCCAUGGAACCUUACGAACUCUAUAGAAUCGCCCACCUGCUUAAUGUUUCCUGUGAAAGAACUUGGUGAGCCUUCGUCACAGUUGAUUGAGAAGGCUGCCGGAAUUAUGGGCAUCAUUGCGCUGGUCAUGCUUUUCAAGGGAGUGCGCUUAGGAUGGAACAUUCGGAAGGUGCGGGAGGCCAUUGUGAGCCCUGAAGAUUUGGAGAACAAUCCAAUAGAAGUACUGGCUCGCACGCUUCGCAAAGACUUCUUGAAUCAUGUAGCUGAGUCAGGUGUAUUAUGUUGAAAAAGGGACAGAACUGCCUG